UGUUAAGGGGAACGCUGAUUAGCACAUUUUAUGUUAAGGUACACUCUGACUGACCCAUUUUAUGUUAAGGGGCACUCUGAUCGGCCUAUUUUAUGUUAAGGGGCACUCUGACUGACCCAUUUUAUGUUAAGGGGGCACAAAUGGGCACAUACUGUGGAAAGGGGCACUCUGAUGGGCACAUGUGUUGGAAAGGGGCACUUUGAUGGAAAAUAUGAUGUAAAGGGGCUCUCUGAUGGGGACUCUGAUGGGAAUACCUGAUGUAAAGUGGCAAUGUGAUGGGGAUACCUGAUGUAAGGGGGCACACUGA